UUUAUCAGUUUGUUUUGGAUUUUCGGCGCCUUUUUCCGCAGCUCAUUUCAACCGCCGUUUACUUGUGGCCGGAGUUAUUUUUUUUACUAUGUUUCUCGGUUAAAGUGUGAAAUGUCCCGACCAACUCGACGCAGCAGCGUCCGCGGUCGAUUGAGUGAAGUGGCCAAGAUUACAGAAGACGAUGAGCCAAAGGAAAACAUCACACCUACCAAACGGGGACGUGGUCGUCCGGCGAAGAAAUCGAUAGCUAUGGUCCAGGACAACAUUCCUGAAGCGGAAGAAGAACCGGUGAAGGAUGUUAGCCCCGCUAAACGUAAGAAGCAAACGACUUCACCGGGUCGUAAAAAAGUUGGGGAGAAAAUGUCCGAUGAGGUGGACGAAAUCAGCAUAAGUGCCGUGAAAAGUUUGCCGGAACGCGAAAGGGAAACUGCUGAAUUGGCCAAGUACAUAGAGGACGUUCUGGAGGAAAAGGGAAGCGGUAGUGUCUAUAUAAGCGGACCUCCCGGAACCGGAAAGACAGCAACGUUAACCAGAAUAAUAAGCGAGAAAAAGUUAGCUGGAAAGUUUAAAAUGGUCUAUGUCAACUGUACAUCCAUCAGUACGGCCGGAAGUAUUUACAAAAAGAUAUGCGAACAACUAAAGAUCUCAGCCGAUGGCACAACGGAAAAGUUUUACCUCCUAGCGAUCGAAGAGCAUUUGAGGAAAAAACAGCAAAAAACGAUUAUGCUGGUGCUGGAUGAGAUCGAUCAGUUGGCCACCAGUAAGCAAACGGUUUUGUACAACAUCUUUGAGUGGCCCGCAAAACGUGGUUCCCGACUGAUUUUGGUCGGCAUAGCCAAUGCUCUGGAUUUGACGGAUCGCUUACUGUCCAGGCUGCAGGCUAGAUGUGAACUGAAGCCACAUUUGAUUCACUUCCUGCCUUAUACCAAGCAACAAUUGGUUAAUAUUAUGAAAAAUAAUUUAGAAAGUAACGAAAAGUCCGAAUUGUUUAACGACGCUGCACUGCAGCUGCUGGCCGCCAAAGUUGCUUCAACUUCCGGUGAUGCCCGGAGAGCUAUUCUGUUGGCGCGAAGAUUGGUAGAAUCCGCCGAUAAAGAACAGAGGGACGAACGGAAGGCCGCUGCCAAGAUAGAAGAUCUAUCGGUUCCUAAACCAACUUCACCUCCGAAAGCAGUCCACAUCCGACAGGUUGUUAGUACCCUGAACCAAGUUUAUGGAACCACCCAAAACAUGGCCGAUGAUGAAGCGUUUCCGUUGCAGCAGAAGCUUCUAGUAUGCGCACUUCUCUUGAUGCUGAAAGUUGUCAAGAAUAAAGAUAUUACCGUGGGCAAAUUGCAUCAGGUUUACAGAGCAGUCUGCACUAAACGUAAUCUGUUGUCCGUUGAUCAAACCGAAUUCAUCAACCUGUGUGCCCUAGUGGAAACAAGAGGUAUCCUGAGGGUGCAAAGCAAAAAGGAACCGCGCCUGAAUCGUAUCCAGCUCCAAUGGGACGAGGACGAGGUACGAAAUGCACUGAACGACCAACAGCUUAUCGCCAGUGUUUUAAGUGACACAUCCUGUGUUGGGAAAUAAGACUGCUAACCUUGACGAUUUGUUUAAAUUAUUUUUAUCUAAUUAAUAAACGGUUUCAUUAAAAAAUA